CUCCGUUUAUACUUCUCGUUUCCGUAUCUCCCAUUUCACUUUUCAAGAUUCAUCCAUCAUUUCUCCCCCAAAAAUUCUUUCACCAUUGCAAUUGAUCAUUAAACCCUUUAUCUUGGAGCCAAUUUACUUCGAAUUCUAUUAGCAGAUAUGUGUGGAGGUGCCAUCAUCUCCGAUUGCAUUGCGCCGACAACAAAUCGGUCUCCCCGUCUGACCGCCGAACUUCUCUGGAAUACCCAUCUCUUAACCAGCCCAAGUAAUCGUUACUCAAAGCGUUUCCCAUCCCACGGUACAGAUCUUGACGAUGAUUUCGAGGCUGAUUUUCAGGGAUUCCAGGAUGAGCUUGAAAGCGAAGCAGAUAUCAGCAAGUCUUUUCCCAAACACUCUGCUCCUGCUUCUGGCUUAAGCUCUAUAAAGCAAGAUGAUGAAGCUGAGAAAUCAGGUUCAAGGAAAAGGAAAAACCAGUACAGAGGAAUCCGUCAACGACCUUGGGGUAAAUGGGCUGCGGAGAUCCGUGACCCGAGUAAAGGGGUCCGAGUCUGGCUUGGAACUUUUAAUACUGCUGAAGAAGCUGCACAUGCUUAUGAUGCAGAGGCAAGAAGGAUUCGUGGGUCGAAAGCAAAGGUUAACUUUCCAGACGUAACUUCUUCACUGAGACAAGCCAUUAAGCCAAAGUCCCAGAAACGACUUCCUAAGGUUAAUUCAACCCUCAACCAAGACAUGAAUAACAGAAACUAUGGUUCACUUGAAUCUGUGAAAAAGAAACCACAAAUUACGCCUGUUGAUACUUUUGAGGAUAUGUUUGAAGUAUCUUAUGUUGGUUCUGAUCAUGGUAGCAACUCCGACUUUGGUUAUAUGAGUCCUGCAAAGAAACUGAAGUCAGAGUCUUCAAAUGUGGUGGCAGAAGGUGACAUGUCUCUUUCUGAUGACUUGUUGUUUCAAAUGCCGUGUUUUGAAGAAAGCUGGGGUUCUUGUUCCAUUGAUGCUUUCGUCAAUGGUGGAAGUGGGGUCGAUCUUUGGACCUGUGAUGACCUUGCUGCCAUGAUGGAUGGAUCUUUCUAAGUAACCAUAAGGCCUCUAUAAAUAAAGGUUUCCAAUGUCAUUAAAUCAUGUCUUGAUUGACUUUUGUAUGGAGAGUACAUAGCUUAUCAUGAACUAGGUUUCUUGAGCUUGAAAUGAAUCUGUAUUUUGUAAUUUUGAACGCAUGGUUGGUUUAAAGUUUUUAAUUUGUUUUCCAUUUGUACAGUGGAUGUUUCUGUUUGUUGUUCCUUACUUCCAUUAUAAUAGGGUUUCUUCCAUAAGGUCCAGAUGGAUGGAGUCA